UCAGUCCUUCAAAACCGGGUAUAAAACCAGACUUAAUCCCACAACUCACAAACCACCAGAGCCCGAAGCAGUUGCCCGACAGUUUUGGAAGAUGGAAACUGGAAGUUGGAGGACACGACUAAUCGUUGCAUUUGUAACUUUACAGUUGAUUUAUUCCAAGUUGGAUUCAAUGCCCAUCCAGAAUGAAGUUUCUCAGAAGUCCCCUCUUCCUCGACGUCUUUCCCGGAACACUCCCUUCUGGAGGAUGGUCACUGGCAGUAAACCUGUUCAAGCCACCUGUCAGCAUGACUAUGAGUGCAGCACAAAAACUUGCAGGGACAAACAGUGUACACAUUCAAAAUUUGUGUCUUGAGGAAAUAUUGUCCUUGUAUUAUCCAUCAACAUGAAAUGAAUUAAGAAAAUUAAAUCAAGAUCAAGAAUGAAGCCAUUUACGCAACUUUUUUCCUUCACAUUUAUGCUCUGCAAAUAAAAACUUUGCAUCAAAUAAUUCUCGCCUGGACUUGCUACCAGAAAUGCCACUGCAGUCUUUUCAUGUUUGUACUUAUCCAGCACAAUAUGGAAGAGCAACUUUACUACAUUGAAGCAUUUUGAAAACGUUCAGUGAAGUUUAAAACAACAUGGAGCUCAAUUAUGGAAAGGGGUCAUCACAUAGAAUGUCCUGGACCAUAUCCGAGAACCAGACGACUUGGGUUUUAGGUGAGGGGGGAACGAAUUAAAAAGUACCAGAGGGGCAACUAUUUUACACAAAGAUGAUAAGUAUAUGGAACGAGCUGCCAGAGGAGGCAGUUGAGGCAGGUACUAUCACAACAUUUAAGAAACAUUUACAGGUACAUGGAAAAGAUAGGUUGCGAGGGAUAUGGGCCUUACGCAGGCAGGUGGGACUAGUGUAGUUGGGGCAUGUUGGUCGGGAUCGGCAAGUUGGGCCAAAGGGCCUGUUUCCACACUGAUUGAUUCUUUGACUCUAUACAACUCUAGAAAUUAAUGACAGUCCAGGACACCAUCCCGAAAACAAGAGAUAAGGCGAAUUUAAAAGUCUGCUGAGAGUUAAAGUCUGCUGAGGUUAAAGCAAUAGCUUUAAGUAUUUUGUUAUUCAGUAUUAGUACCUUGUCAUAGUUUUCAAAAUUCAGUCAUGCAAAAUAAAUUUCACAUUUUGUACUUUGAUAUUUUAUGUUAUAUCGUAAUCAAAAGCACUUAUUUCGAUAGUUAGGCACAAAAUGCUGGAAUAACUCAGCAGGACAGGCAGCAUCUCUGGAGAGAAGGAAUGGGUGACGUUUCGGGUCGAGACCCUUCUUCAGACUCUCAGAAUGGUCUUGACUCGAAAUGUCAUCCAGUCCUUCUCUUCAGAGAUGCUGCCUGUCCCGCUGAGUUACUCCGGCAUUUUGCAUCACCUUUGAUUUAAACCAGCAUCUGCAGUUCUUUCCUUCGCACUUAUUUCAAUACUUUGGCUUGUAAAUAAAAAUAUUUCAAUUGUACUCAACUGUAAAAUCUCUCUACCACGUUUAAUAUUUUGUUUCCAUAAAGAGUGUAUUUUAGUUA